GCAUCAUAUUCAUUUUACAGAGUAACACUGUACUGCAGUUCAAGCGUACUCUUUGUGACGUCGCAGUGUAUUUUCUCUCCACUGGAGGCACUCCUUAUAUCUUUAUAUGGUAACUGCCUGCAUACCAACCAAAACAUGGUGUCAAUGUGAACACUGUACACAGUACACAGUUCUAAACGCCCGCAGCAUUUUAUCUCUCCGUCUUAUUUUCAGCAGUGCAGUCGGAUAAAGACCUAGAAACUGUUCGGUUAGUAAGAAAAUAAUGGAGUUUAAGGAGGAGCCUCCAUCAUAUGAAGACGUGGAAAAAGAGAAAAUGAAAGUGAACGAAGUGACUGAAAAUAACUGGAUGACGGAAAGAGGGAAAGAAGAUGACAAGCCUGAGGAAAAGAAAGAAGAUAAACCCGCAGCACCUCCCUCGGUUGGUGUUAUUGAGCUCUUCAAGUUCUCAACUCCAUUCGAUGCUUUACUCAUCAUAACUGGUAUUCUCCUUGCGAUGCUUGGUGGCGCUGCACUUCCUGUCAUGACGAUUAUCUUCGGAGACACUCUUCAGGCAUUUGUGGAAUAUGAACAGUAUGCAACCAACUGUACAGGGGAAGGUGGGGAGUUUAGUCCGCUUCCAGUCCUAGAACGAUUUGCUUGGCAGAUGGUACUAAUAGGUUUUGGAAUUUGGAUUGAUGCUUACAUCUUUAUAUCAUGCUUUAACACAGCUGCAGCAAGACAGGUUUUUAGGAUUAGAGGAGAGUUCUUAAAGGCUGUCCUGAGACAGGAUAUAUCUUGGUAUGAUACUAACACCUCCACUGAUUUUGCCAGUAGAAUGACAGACGACUUAAACAAGCUUCAGGAAGGAAUUGGAGAAAAGAUUGGAAUGUUGUUUUUCUUCAUGGGAACCUUUCUGAUCAGUCUGAUUGUAGCGUUUGUUUACGGUUGGGAGUUGACCCUGGUUCUACUGUGCAUGAUUCCCUUGAUGUCUAUAUCUGGGGGAGUACUGGCAAAGGCUCAAACCACACUGGCUGAAAAGGAGAUGUCAGCUUAUGCAAAAGCUGGAGUGAUUGCAGAAGAAGUUCUGAGUGGAAUACGAACAGUUGUUGCCUUCGGUGGAAAGGAUAAGGAAAUCACAAGAUAUGUAGAAAACCUGGCUGGGGCAAGAAAAUCUGGAAUCCUUAGAGGAAUGUUGACCGGCGCCAGCGGAGGGGUGACAUUUGGAAUAAUGUUCGCAGUGUAUGGUCUAGGAUUCUGGUACGGAGUUAAACUUAUCAUGGAUGAUUUAGAAUCCGCUGAAUGCAUGCUAUGUUCCACAAACUUUAAUAUCACAGCAGAUGCAGCUGAGCUAAAGGCUUGUUACGAAGAAUGCGUAAGGUAUAACGCAAAAUCCCUCCUAACAGUGUUUUUCAGUAUUCUGAUCGGAGGUUUUCAGAUAGGACAGGCAGCACCAUAUUUUGAAUCCCUAGCAAUUGCCCAGAGUGCUGCAGGAACUAUUUAUAGAAUUAUUGAAAGAGUUCCAGAAAUUGACAGCAGUAGUGAUCAAGGAUUGGUUCCCAACAAGAUAAAAGGAAAUAUUUCACUUAAAAAUGUUUUCUUUAACUACCCUUCACGUCCAGAUGUAACCAUUCUUGACGGACUCUCUGUAGAGGUUCCCGUUGGAAAAACGGUUGCUCUAGUUGGUACGUCUGGCUGUGGUAAAUCAACCUGUAUACAACUCAUUCAAAGGUUCUAUGAUCCACACCAAGGGCAAAUACUUUUAGACGGAACUGAUCUGAAAGAUUUAAACAUUGGCUGGCUGAGAAAUAAUAUAGGAAUUGUGGGACAGGAGCCUAUUCUCUUUGACUGCACAAUCAAAGAAAACAUUCUGUACGGAAGAACUACUGCUACUGAUGACGAUAUAGAGAAAGCUUGUAAAGAGGCGAAUGCUUAUAACUUUAUCAGUCAAUUACCAAAACAAUACGAAACUAUGGUGGGGGAGCGAGGAACUCAACUAUCUGGGGGACAGAAACAAAGGAUUGCUAUUGCUAGAGCAUUGAUCAGAAAUCCGCAAAUUCUUCUUCUAGAUGAAGCAACAUCUGCUCUAGACAAUGAGAGCGAGAGUAUAGUUCAAACUGCUCUUGAUAAAGCAAGGUCGGGGCGCACGACUAUAGUUGUAGCGCAUAGGCUUUCCACAAUACGCUCAGCUGAUCUUAUUGUAGCUUUGGAUAAGGGAAAAGUAGCAGAACAAGGAACUCACAGUGAAUUGAUGGCUCUGAAAGGACUCUAUCAUAACCUAGUGAUGAGACAGCUGACAGGAAAUGAGGAAGAAAACGAUUUGAGACCAAAUAAUGAAAAACAGUUUAUUGUCUCGGAGGUGACACAGAAAGAAAAAAUUCUAGAGGAAGACAAUAGGUCUGAAGAGCUACUUUUGAGUGAGGAUUCAGACGAGAGGCCAAAAAUAGAUUUUAUUCGCCUCUCCAGGGUGAAUUCUCCAGAGUGGUUUUAUAUCUUAGUAGGUGUGUUAGCGUCCUGUGCUAUGGGAGCAUCUAUGCCAAUAUUUUCUAUAUUAUUCGGAGAUGUUACUGGGAUCUUGGGAUACAGUGACACACAGAAGGCCAGAGAUGAAUCUGUGUACUAUGCGAUAAUGUUCGGUCUGCUAGGUAUAGGAUCUAUGCUUGCCAUGUUCCUACAAGGUUUCAUGUUCGGUAUAUCAGGAGAGAACCUAACAUUGAGAUUGAGAAGAGAAGCCUUCUCAGCAAUGCUUAGACAGGAGAUGGGUUGGUUCGAUAGGAAGGAGAAUAGUACAGGUGCGUUGUGUGCAAGAUUGUCCGGAGAUGCUGCCAAGGUUCAAGGUGCUACUGGAGCAAGGGUUGGAUCAGUCCUACAGGGUAUUGCAGGAAUGAUAAUUGCAAUAUUCCUUGGUUUGUUCUACAGCUGGAAACUGGGAUUGGUCUGCACUAUAUUCUUUCCUCUCCUAAUACUGGCAGUUCUAAUGGAAAUGAGAAUAACUAUGGGGGUUGACACUGUAGAGAAGAAAGCAUUCGAAGAUUCUUCCAAACUUGCAAUUGAAGCAAUCACUAAUAUCAGAACUGUAGCAGGACUAAGAUGUGAGGAGAUGUAUAUCAAGAAGUACAUUUAUCUUCUCUCCGUCCCACACAAGAGGAACCUACUCCGAGCUCAUCAACGUGGAGGUAUCUUCGGGUUCUCCCAGGCCAUGCAGUUCUUUGGCUGGGGUAUCACAACCUACUAUGGAGGAGUUCUUGUCGUUCAGGACUGCCUGGAGUUCCAGAAUGUCUAUAUAGUGACCAACGCUGUAAUUGGUGGAGCUGGUAUGAUUGGAUACUCAUUUGCAUUUACAGCUGAUUUUAACAAGGCUCUGGUAUCUGCUGCUAGAAUAUUCCAGCUUCUUGAUAGAAAACCAUCAAUAGACGCAAACCCUGCCACCGGACUCAGGUUGCCAGGGUUAGAGGGGAACCUAGAGAUACAGCAGGGAGAGUUCAGAUACCCAACCAGAUCAGAGGUUCAGGUUCUAAAAGGAAUGGAUUUGAAGGUGAAGAGUGGGGAAAAAAUAGCUCUAGUUGGAUCUUCAGGAUGCGGGAAAUCCACGAUAAUUCAGCUGAUGCAACGGUUUUAUGAUUUGAAUUCUGGAUCUCUACUGCUUGAAGGAGAAGAUAUCAAAGGUUUAAAUCUUCCCUUUGUAAGAGCAUCCUUUGGGUUGGUUUCGCAGGAACCGACAUUGUUUGAUCUCACAAUAGCAGAGAAUAUUCAAUACGGGGAUAACAGUCGUGUUGUGUCAAUGGAGGAGGUAUUGGAGGCCGCUAGACGAGCAAACAUUCAUUCCUUUAUCUCAGAACUACCUUCAGGAUAUGACACAAG